CCAGGACCCGGGGAGAUGCGGAGACAGAAAGGGGGUUGGGGGAAGCAGGGAGUGGAGGUGUUCUUCUGGGUCCCCAGGGCAGAGGGACGGGCCCAAGAACGUCCACCCGGAGACCGUGGGUUCAGUGUAACGUGGCACUUUUGGAGGUGUGCUAAGUGGGCGGCCUGGAUUAUGUUGUUGAGUGUGCGCGGGGCUGUGAUGCUUCCACGUGUACUCGACCUCUUCCCUCAGAUCCGGAGGCGCCGCCCCACCCCUGCCACCCUCGUGCUGACCAGUGACCAGUCAUCCCCAGAGGUGGACGAAGACCGGGUCCCCAACCCGCAUCUCAAGUCCACUUUGUCCAUGUCUCCACGGCAACAGAAGAAGAUGAUGAGGACCACACCCACAAUGAAAGAGCUCCAGAUGAUGGUUGAACAUCACCUGGGGCAACAGCAGCAGGGAGAGGAGCCUGAAGGAGCCGCUGAGGGCACAGGGACACAGGAGUCCUGCCCACCUGGGAUCAGAGACACAGCAGCGGAGUCGUGGCUGGGCACCUCUGGGAAAGCACACAAGCCUGCAGAAUCCAUUCCUAACACUCAGGAGAGGGGCAGUGAGAAACCCAGCACAGAGGAACCCUCAACCCAUAGACCACCAUUGGAUUCCCAGGGAGCCAGUUCGGUCUGAGAGUGAAGGAGGUAUCUUGGAAUCAAGACUGCAGUUGGGAAUGCACGGACACUGUAUUUGUUUCUUAUUUCUUCACUUUUGGGGAAAAUCUCUUGUUUUUAAAAGUGAUAAAUUUAGUGUUAAGUC